AGCACCCCAGACCCUGAAGAAUUAUCUUCAACAGUACUUAGAGAGGAAAGCAGUACCGUGCCUGUUUGGGGGUCCGGCAAAGUACAUCAACAAAGCCUCUCGGCGACAGCGACAGUGAAAGUAAAUUUAUUCAAGUUGAAGAACACAUUUUUUCUUUUUCUUUCGUAUUCUGUGACUGAUAGUUACCCGUGCGUGAAUGCUCCUGUGCUGACUCGCAGGAACCUACCCUAAUUCCAUUGAAACCAAAAAAGAAGAGAUUGGGCGAUCAUCAAGUAGGUAUGGCCACCUUUAUUUUUCUCUCUUACAGAAAUCGUUCUGCUGGCGGUUUCGGCCUUCUACUCCUACUGGUGCUUUCCCUCAUCGCUGCCGUGGCGAACUCUGCCGAAACGACGAAGGUGCUUGCGUGGCGCCUGCAGGCCUACCAUCUGCACCACCACGCCGAUGGUACGACAGCGGCUGCCUCCGACGCAGCGCCAGUGCUGCUCAGCGAGCGUGACCUGCUCAGUGACAGCUGCGCCCUCGACACCGUCGUCACGGCGCUAGCUGCCAAAAAGAACUCGGCCGUCGCCUCCACGACGCAAUCGGUUAGUCUUCACCGGCAGGAGUUUGUGCCCGUGCGAGCGGUGGUGAAUCCGGUAACACGACGAACGUCAUCGGUGCGCGAGAACGACAGCGGGAUGCCGGAGUCGGCGGCGAGCACGGAGCUGCGCAAGCGGGAUGCGGCACCGACGCAGUUGCACGCCGUCGGGCUGGUCGACCUCGGUGUCUUCCAGGCCGAAUCCGUCGAGGCAGCCAAGACGGCGAUCUCGCCGUUGACCGAUGUGGACGGCGAGGACGACGGGACCGUCCUGCCGGUGCUCACGGACCCCCGCGACGAAACGGAGCGUCCGUUUGACGUGAGUUUCUUCUUGGGUGACUUCACUCGCACCCUCUGCCUCGGCGCUGCGGUGUACGCCAACGCGAAGGAUGUGGGCAAUAGGGCCGCCGCCAUCGCGGUGUGGGUACCGCACUCCGUGUCGCCGGCCUGUGCGAUGCGGCUGAGCCCGUUCCUGCGCGGCUCCGCCGGCCUGUCCCUCACAGGCGAGGACUUGCUGCAGGAGUGGCCCCUCUCUCAGCAGCAGCGGUGCCACCUAAGUCAAGGGCAUCGUUUCGGGUUUACCUUCACCCCCUCGCAGGCACAGGCGAAGAUGCCGUCGUUCUGCGCCUAUGAGAUGACGACCGCUGGUGUGACCGUGGCCCCGACGCCCGGCACACGUCGGCAGCUAAAGUGUGAGGUGUACGUGGACCUGCAGGUCCUCACCUGGUACAGCGAGACACUGGCGGAAAUACAUGCGAACGACACGGUGGUGAAAAUAGCAGCGGCGGUGACCGAGGUUGUUGUACCGGCACGCGGAACUGCUCCCUCCGCGCAGACCCGUGCGUCCCUACCUCCUUAUCAAGCGGACCAGUUAGCGGCCUUCACCCCGCAAGAAGAAAGUAAUCAAAGUAGAAUUGCGCAUCCGGCAGCGGCACGAGAGGAGAGGUUUCCUCGAUUCAUGCACCCGCUGGCGUCGACAACGAACAGAGUCGGAGAAAUAUCACGGUACAAAGGAACGCUGCGGUGCACGCGGGCGGCGGUGGGCAGAGGCUUCUGGUUUUCCGGCGCGAGCGAGUGUGUGGAGAUGGCGAAGGAGAGGUUGACGAGCAACACAGACAACCAGCAUCGCCGGUUCUCUCUUGUCCGCGACUGUUUGCUUCUCCUUCUGAUGGCUCUCGCAGUGGCUGGCUUCGCCGGAGUGCUGACAGGUCGCGUGGUGAAGACGGUGCGUUCGUCUCGUCGAAGGCCGACCUUACCAAGGUGGUAG